AUGAAUAAGCACACCGACGUUGAAAAGGUCGAGCAUGCCCCACGCAGACUCAGCAUCACCGGGUCUGUAGGGAGUCGGAGGAACAGCGUUCGUGCAGUGGACUAUGUCGACCACCGCGACGGUGACGAUCGUGCCGAAGUCGCCAAAGGCCGUGACGCUGGCGGUUUCAACGACAAGUACUGGUACUCUGCAAACUUCAUCGGCACUCUGCUCGCCAUCGGCUUCUCCUUCAUGGCUGGCAUCGGUGGAUAUGGCCUGAUCGCACCCGUCCUUUCCGAGAUCAAUGCAGACAUUGGACCUUCGCCAAACAUCUACUGGAUCCCGCUGGUGAAUCUUUGCGGUGGCUGCGUGUUCUUCCUCCUCGUCGGUCGCCUUUCCGACAUCUUCGGCCGCCGAUGGUUCUUCAUCGCUGGCUCGGUGAUCUCGCUCAUCGGUACAAUAAUCGGCUCGCAGGCGAAGAACGUGAACACACUCAUCGGUGCACAAGUCUUUAUCGGCAUUGCGGCUUCUUGCCAGCUCAGCUUUUUCUGGAUUGUUGCGGAAAUUGUGCCUAUGAAAUGGCGCUAUAUCGCCAACGGAUACACAUACUUCAUGACGACACCGACCAGCCCUCUGGCCUCCAUCGUCGCCUUCAGCAUCCAGAACAACACCAAGGGUCAGUGGCGCAACAGCUUCUACUUGUUGACAGCGCUGAAUGUGGUCUCCAUUGCACUCUUCUACUUCUUCUAUCACCCACCAUCGUUCGGCCUGUUGCAUCAAGAGAAGACUGUUCGACAGCUGAUCCUUGAAUUCGAUUGGGUUGGUGUCAUCUUAUUCAUCGGAAGCCUUUGUAUCUUCAUCUUUGGACUGAAUUGGGGCGGUACGCUCUACCCUUGGCUCUCCGUCCAAGUCAUCACCACUAUGGCUAUCGGAGGUGUCGUCCUCUUCUUCAUCCUGCCUGUCUAUGAAGUCUGGAUUUCCAAGAAGGGCAGAGAGCCGUACCUACCAAUCCAUCUGUUCAAGAACAUCCGUUUCAUGGCCGCAGCAUGGAACACGGGUAUCGGAGCUUGCGUCUACUACGGUGCGGCUAUCGUGUUCCCACAGUGCGUCACCGUUCUCUAUUACGGAGCUGGCAAGAUUAGCAAGAAUGAGAUUGGCGUUUAUGCUGGUCUUCUCAACAUGGCUUUUGUAUUCGCCCAGAGCUUGCACGGCUUCAUCGUCUUGGGCACCCGAGGACCGAAGUGGGCCAUGAUUGGUGCCGCCGUCAUCGCUGCACCACUCCUUAGCGCGGCUGCCUACGAUCUUGACAACAAGGCUUUGACUUGUGGUCUGCUCUUCACUGGUGCUUUCGCAAUGGGCGUAGUGGAAUCCGUGUCCAUCACAACUUCGACCUUCCCACUUCGGUCUCAGGAGGAGAUCGGACAAGGCGGUGGACUCAGUGGCAGUAUCCGCAAUUUCACAUCAGCUAUCGCCAUUGCCGUCUACGUCUCAACCUUAAAUAACCGCCUGGCAACCACUAUCCCAGCCAACCUCGGACCCUUGGUCAAUGAGGGGUUGCCAGCAGACUCACUCAAGUCCCUCAUCGCUGCCGUGACUGGUACAGGCACAUUCGAUGCUGUAGCUGGCUUGACACCCGCGCUCCAGACUGCCGCGCAGGUUGCCUACCGCAUGGCCUUCAAGCAGGCUGCGAGCACCGUCUUCUUGGUCGUACUUGCCUUCUCCGGCCCAGCCAUCAUCCUGGCUUUGUUCACGCAGAACAACGAUCCGGCUACAGAGCAUUACGUCGCUGGCAACCUUCAUGCUGAGCAGGAUGCUAAGGCCGUGGACGGGAAAACCGGGAACUGUAGCAUCUAG